CUAAAAAGUGUUGUACACAACUAACAAAAACAACAAUAAUGGGCAGAAAUGAAAGCAAAUUCAUUGUAAACUAUAAGUGAUGAAUGCGCUUGCGCCAACGACAACGGGCAAUAGUGGCUACUCAAAUUGAUUUUAUGAAUAUUUCGAAAAAUAAAAUAAAAUAAAUAAGUCCUAAAACAAAAAAAAAGUGUGUGAUAUUAUUAGUGUUGAAUUUUGUGGCGCAAUGAUGCUUAGUUUCUACUAUUGAUUACCUUUAAGCCGAACCAAAUUUCAAACCGCCUCAAUGAGUUUUAUAUAAUUGUGAAAAUAUUGAAAUAAACGUAUUACUUGUUUAUUGUGUUGAAAGUGAUAAGCAAAAAUUUUACGAUUGCACGACAAAGAAAAAAAAUCAGCCAAUACGAAAACGAAAUCGAUAAAAAAUAAAAAUAAAAUAAAAUAGAAAAGCGAAAUAGUGUACGAAGUGUAUUUGUAUGCGGCGCCGCGCAGGCGCACGCCAAAGUGCAAAGUGUAAUUGCCAUACAAUGAAAAUAAUCAAUUAAUUGCAACAUUGUGCAAGGCGAAAAAAUCAGUAUGUAAAUUGUCUUCGCCAAUUAAAGAAUAUCAAAGUGCAAGAAACUAGUGCAAAGCAAUAAAAAUGCCACACCACAAAUUGCAGCGCAAGCCGUCCAGCGAGACGCUCGCCAGCAUGGCGUUGGACAGCACGCUGGACUCGCGCAUGUCCAGCGCCGAAAUACCGCAAAUGGAGUUGCUCAAGGUGAACUAUGUGCAACAGUGCAAGGAAGUGCGCAUGCCGCGGCCCACCGCCGCAACAGCGCAACAAAAGUGCCACGCGCUUAUGGCUGUAGGCGCCAAAUAUCCAGGCUACAAGGAGGCUAUUGACAAUAGUCACAGUCAGUUUGUUGGCGCCAAAGCUAACAAAAACCAUCAAAGUAAAUCAAAUGUAGGCGCGCUCAAUGCACCGCAACGCGCCGCACCGCUUAAGAGCAAUAUGUCGGCGCGCGCAAAGCAACCGCUGCCGCCGCCCACCAUUGAGUCGUGGCAGUUUUUGCAACAUCAACUACCGCAAGCAAAAACUCAACAUCCGCAACAACAGCAACAACAAAAGCUGCCGUGCACUGCCACUCCCCCCAAAUUGCAGACGCAGCUAGCGCCAACACAUGCCACUACUAGCGCGAACAAAGCAGCGCACUCCGAUGACGAUCAAGAUUAUGUGGAUGUACAGUCGUGUUGCAACUCCUCCUGCGAAUCUGCCACGCUGUCUUCAGCUUCCUCAGAUGAAGAUUUAGAUGAUGGUGCCUCUACGGUAUAUCCUGAUUGCGAGAAAUCACAUAGUUGGAAUUAUCGUGCGCGCAUCUCUACUUGUGAUAUACGCCGCGAUAUUGCGCGCGCUGGUAUUAAGUCGCGCGCCGACCGCAUAGCGCGUAUUGAAAAAACGGACGCCGAGCCUCAACAACAACAAAGCGCAACAGUUAGUGUAGUUGCUGGUGAUAAGCAUGCUACAGCGCAGAUGGCUUCACAGCAAUGUGGCAACAAGCAAAUAUCGAUAACCGUUGCAACACCGGCCGCUUCACAGCAAUGCGGCGGCAAGCCAAUACCGGCAGCUGUAACGCAAAUUAAUCGGCUCUUCGAGCAAGCUAAACGACCGGAACAGCGGCGUUCAACAAAGCAACACCGCGCGCCAGCACCGCCGCAAUCAAGUAAUGCAUUAUCCGCGCAAACUACUACAGUAGCGCAACCUCUACGUGCUGCGCCAACGCCCAUAAAGGAACCCAAUAUGCGCAUGCGCGCGCGCGAGAUAUUGCCGCGCAUUGACGAGCGUGUGAACCGUUUAAGCAACUCAAGCGCGCCUAGUGAUUGCUAUGAUUGCAUGCUGGAAAGUAAUAACAAGGAAAGUGAGGAACCAAAAACCCGCGUUAACGCUGAUGCAGUGCGCCCAACGCGAUCGUCACCUGAACAACGACAGCAAGUGUCGCGCAUACCAAAGCCCAUAAGUGAAGUGCCACAACAACAGCAACAAACGCAACAGCAACAAAUACAAAAACAACAAAUGCAACAGCAACAAAUACAAAAACAACAAAAACAACAACAACUACAACAGCGACACUCGAACAGCUCCGCGCAGCUCUACAAUGAGGCAAAUGAGCAACUGCAACGGCGCAUACGCCAAAUGUUCGAUCAUGAGCAGGAGCGCACACAUCAGCUGCAGCGACAGGUUACCGACGAGUUUCGCAUGCAAUGCGCGGGUGAGAAAAUCAAACUGCGCGCCACUAAAUCGAACGCGCUCGAAGCGGCAGAUAAACCUGAACGUUCUAAUAUGCAUAAGUCUGAUAGCUGUGAUGAGCUCGAUAAGAUCGAUAGGCAUCUGUCCAAGCAGACGCGCCAGCAUGUUGCGACAAAUUUUCAAAAGAUCAAAAUGGAGCGCGUGCAUAUACGUAAGAAACGCCAGCCGCUGCUGAUAAUUAAUCAGCUCAAUGAGUCAAAAGCUGAUAACAACGACAGAACACUGGAGGAAAGCGCGCACGAAGUGAAUGAAACGAAAUGCAACGCGUUACACAUGCAAACGAAGGAGACAGCUGCGAAGCCUACGCACGACGCCAGCCGACGCACAUGCGGCUACAAGAACUGCACCUUCACCAACUGCCCCAUGUCGGCCGCGAGCAAGACAGCUGGCAGCAGCAGCAGCACGAGCACACCACAGCAAUCCGAUGAGGAGUUGAAUACGCGCAAGCGCCUAUCGCUCGAGAGCUGCUGCUCAGACUCUGGCGUCUCCUCAUCCACCGAUAUUAAGGAGCGCAAAACGAAGGAGAACAACAUGAAGAAUAUUGAGAAAUGCGCGGAUUGUGUGAAAAUACUGCUACACCAAACGAGCGCCGACACAACCGUAAUGCAACACAAGCUGAACCUAACCACCACUGCGCCAGUGCCAAAACUGAAGGAACUGGAUGGCGACUUGCAGAAGGAGGGGCAAAUUAAGAUACGCGUCGGUAAAGCGCCCGGGGGCGAUCCGAACGAUUUGCAAAAUUUCGCAAAUAAAAAUCUCACGAAGGCCACUACGGAUGAGCUAUUAACCGCGGCCGUGGCGAAAAACAACAUGUGCAACAAAGUGGGCGCCGCUGAUAAGUUGUCUAACCGGACUGUGGCCGCAAGCGCCAGCCAUGCCGCCAACCACACCAAACAGUGCAACAUCGAAAAUGACCUCAAAAUCAACGAACAGCGCAUUUACAAUAACACCAGUUGCUGCAGCAGCAGCAACAACAGCAAUCACAGUUGCGGUGGCAACAAACCGAACGGUAGUGAACGCAAACCGUUAUGUGCCACAACAAUAAAAAUCGAUGAUAAUUGGUUGCACGAGCAACAAAAUACCUGCGAUUUGGACUCGUUGAUGGUGCCACCAUCGCCACCGCUGCGCGUCUCAUCCAAAGCGGCAAGCGCGCGUCAACAGCAUGCAAGUAAUAACGGUAAACACAGCGCUAUUGGUGAUAACGAUAAACAUAGUGUAAAGAUUUUCGUGCGCAGUUCCACAAACAGCGGUGGCGUAGGCGUCAAUCCAGCGCGCGCCUCAUCCAUAUCCAUGUGCUCAUACACUUCGCAGACCUCGGGCUGCUCGCUGAAUUCAGAAGCCUCCGCGCUCACUAGCGCCAGCAAAGCGUCAACAUCUGGCAGUUCCUACACAACGAUUUCGAGUAGCGCUUCGAGUAGUGAAGGCAAAUGUAAUUGUCGGCGAGCGAACCGCAAUGCCAACGCGGUCGCAAAAAAUCAGUUAGACGAGCGAACAGAUAAAUCCGAGGAUACCGACUACUAUUGCAGUUUAGAGCACAUGCGCAAAGCUGGCAUUUUUUACAAUCACAUCUCUGGCGCUGCUAAAAGUAGCCGCGGCACACAGAGCGACACGCUGCGUGCAUGCGCCUCCUCACCAACGCCCUCAAUGGGCACCUUCAGUGAGGUUAGCUGCGUGGCAUGCGGCGAUGAGCGCGAGCAGCAAGCAAAAAGCCGUCAAAGCAUUGGCAGCAACGGUCCUAUUGACGGCGUCUUCUGGAAUAACACAUAUUUUCAGCAAGACGCUGAUGCAACUGUAGAGAGCGCUGUGAAUAUGGCGCAUAAAAAGCGCACCUCAGCAGGUGGCGCGCCAGCAACAGUUGAGCACAGCGAACCGAGUAGCGAUGACAACGAGCAUUGUUGCUGCAGUCUAACUAGCUGUGAUGAUGACAAUUGUUCUUACUAUGAGUGCGGUGGCGGUGCGCAAACGGAUGAUGAUCACUGCGUGUCGCGCAUCGAAGUGCACGCCAGCGUACAUACGCCGAGUGGCGAUAGUGAAAGUAAUAAUGUUGAGUAUAAAACGGCAGCUGGUAAUAAAAGUAAAAGCGUUGUGGCUGCUAAUGACAUUUGUAAUUGUGACGCGCGUCAUUACUGUGCAGAAAAUAGUAGUGCGAAAGAUAAAUAUGCGCUCGAGGUGGAGCAGCAGCAGGCGCGGGAGCGUGAGCGUUAUGCCGCGCGCCAACAGCAACAGCAGGAACAGCAGUGGCUGCGGCAGCGCAUGCGCGAACGCGAACGCGAGCGACAAGUGCAAUUCAUACGAAACAGCAGCGCUGAGGAAAUUCUCAUACGCAAUAAAAAGUUGUUAAGGAAGGCUGAUUUAAUACAUGAAUUUCGACCGCGAUCGAUGGAUGGUGUCAUUGACUCAUCUUCGGGCUCAUUAAAUGGUGAUACCACCGGUUCAAGUCCAGAUAGUGCAAGUCAUUUACAAAAUCAGCAGGACGCCGAAGCGCGACGCGUACAUCGAGGUCAUGUACUCACCGAACUACUGGAAACAGAACGGAUUUAUGUAAAUGAAAUGGCCUCUAUUCUAAAGGGCUAUCGUGAUCAAAUGCUAUCUGAAGAAAUGAUGCAUCUUGUACCCGCCAGCCUGCAAGGCAAAGAGGAUAUAUUGUUCGGCAAUUUACACGAAUUAUAUACAUUUCAUAAUGAGAUCUUCCUUAAGGAUCUGGAAAAUUGUAUAUCAACCACAGAGUUGGUGGCGCUAUGUUUUGUACAGAGGCGCGACACCUUCUAUCGUUUGUACUCUUUCUACUGCCAAAAUAUACCGCGCUCCGAUCGAUUGCGCGAGACGCUCGUCGAUACACAUCUCUUCCUGCAAGAAUGUCAAAAGCGUUUGGGACACAAACUGCCAUUGGGCGCGUAUCUGCUGAAGCCCGUGCAGCGCAUUACCAAGUACAAAUUACUGCUCGAGAAUUUGCUCAGCUCCAGCGACAGCGGCAGCUGUACCAAAGAAUUGCAAAAAGCCUUAGAUUGCAUGUUGAUUGUGUUGCGUUGUGUGAACGACUCGAUGCAUCAAGUGGCUAUAACGGGAUUCCCGAGCAAUCUUUCGCAACAAGGCGAACUGCUGCUGCAGGAUCCCUUCCAAGUGUGGACCGAGUCGAAGAAGGAUUUGCGACUUCGCAAGAAACCGCAACAACGACACAUAUUUCUUUAUCAAAAGUCGAUGAUUUUCUGCAAGAAAACUUCAAAGCCCGGUCACAACAAGAGCACUUAUCAGUUCAAGCAUCAAUUAAAGAUGUCACAAAUCGGGCUCACUGAAUCGGUACGCGGCGAUUCCACACGCUUCGAAGUCUGGCUGCAAGGACGCCAAGAAGUCCACACAAUACAAGCGCCGGGCGAGGAGGUUAAAAACAAGUGGGUUACAGAAAUUAAACGUUUGUUACUAAACCAGCUGGAAGAGCUGAAGGGUGAGAAAAUCAAACAGUACAGCAUGAAUCAUCAUGGCCUCAGACAGACCACCUCAUGGGACACACCCAACAUACUGCUGGGCAUGCCACAGCGCGCCGUCAGCUGCGAUGCAUCUUCUGAAUCUUCGAAUCGCAAUUCCAACUGCAGCAGUAGCGGUGAUGAUGCCUAUCCGCACGGCAUGCCGCAACUGAGCACGACGACGGGCAAUGGCCACACGCAUGCGCAUGCUAACGGCGGCAGCGGCGUGGAUAAGGAACAGCAAGAAGCUUGUGGCUGGAGCUCGGACUACUCGAACAGUGAGGAUGAAAUGUCGAUCAUUGAGGAUAACAGCGCGCCGGGCAGUAAAUUUGUUGCCCUUGCCGAUUAUGCGGCUAUGGGACACUCGGAGGUCUCAAUGCGCGAAGGUGAUGCGAUUGAAUUGUUGAAGGUGGGCUGUGCUGGCUGGUGGUUUGUGCGUGUUUUAGAAGCCAAUGCAGAGGGUUGGACUCCAGCGGCAUAUUUGGAACCGCUCAAUCGAAAAUCUUCUCGAAGCUCGAGCCGCAAUCAGGAGCGAAUAAACUUAACCAAAUGUGCUGAGUAAAUUAACAAACAACAAAAACAAAAGCUAAAUUUAUUUAGCGGUAGGAAGUAUAAUAGAGGAAAGCGGAAAGAGAAAAAACGGGCCUUUUGGAAAUGUUCGCAGAUUCUUAGAAUUGAAAUCGCAUACAGAUUUAUACAUACAUAUACAUACAUACAUAAGUAUUUAACAUUUAACAAACAACAAAGCAAACCUAAACAGGAAUCCAAUUGAUAUUAAUGAAAUGAACGGAACAAUUCAAAACAAUUUACAUACAAAUUUCACUUUUGAAGAAAUCUUUUCUGAUUUACAUACAUAUGUAUGGUACAUAAAUAGCUUGCUAGCGCAGGCAAUUGUAUUGAAGUCAAAAAUAUAUACUAUAUACAAGAUUAAA